CUCUGAGUGCAAUUUUAGGAUGGAGUGGAUGAAUGAGAAUGAGUCGAAUAUUUAUGUGUAUGCAAAAAUGGUCUGGGUGGUUAGAAAGCCAGAAGGUACGGGUUGUACACAUGAGAUUCCCGCCGACUUUCCAGAUUUUUAUCUUCAGAGUGUUCCUGCAAACGCACAGUGUGCACCAAAAAGUCAUACGUCUUUGAAUAUUGAGCGUCAGCAUGCCAUAAAAAGAUUCGUAUUUUUAAGGAAUUCGAAACCAUCAUACCAACAUGUUGUACCGGCGCUUUUGUUUGUUGCGCGGCUUCUGCCAAGUAAGUGAAAAAAACUAGCCGCAAACCGAAGCUUCUUUGCUACUCGCCUCCACGACUACCUGCAAAAGGGCGUUGUAAGUACUUCAUCUGUUUUGAUGAGCGCAGGAGCUUCUAGCUUCCCUGCCGCGAAGGGUAGCCUGACGAUCGGGUCCUUCUUGGAGCAGAGCCGCAGCCAUGAUUGGUCUACAUCCACGUCGCCCUCACCAACAGGCGCCAUUUCGUACCCAUUGGCCUUCCUCGCGGGUGCGGGCUUCAUGGCGGACGCCUAUGACCUGUUUGUCAUCGACCUGGUUAUCGCCAUCAUCCAGAAAACCGGGGAGGACAGCAGUACCUCGAGUCAGGCCCCUGACAAGGAGAGUAAGGACAUGCAGGCUAAGGGAGCCAUUUCCUCGGCGUGCCUGUUCGCCGCCAUCGUUGGCCAGCUGGGCUUCGGCUUCCUCGCCGACUGGUUCGGGCGCAAGAUCCUGUUCGUUCUCACGUGCGUGCUGAUCAUGGUUGGGUGCGUCGGCCAGGCCAGCGCGGGCGCUUUCAACAGCCAGAGCGCAUUGCUGCUGCAGAUUCUGCUCUUCCGCAUCCUGCUCGGAAUCGGCAUCGGUGGCGAGUUAUCCUGUGCAAAAGUAUCGCACUCGUAUAAAUGCAAGUCUUGCAUUACAAAUCUUGCUCUUAAGGUAAAACUGCAUUACAAAUUUUAUUUCUCAUGCUGAGGAAAUUUGUAAUGCGUUGUUUAUACGAGUGCGAUACUUUUGCAAUGCAUACGAGUACCCGCUGGCGGCCACCGUCACCAGCGAGAAGGCCACGAAAACGGAGCGCAAGCGCACGCUGGCCGUCGUGUUUUCCAUGCAAGGCUGGGGCCAGCUCCUGUCGGUCUUGGUAGUGUAUGGUCUGCUGCAGGCCCAGGGCAUGUCACUGUCGACCGCGUGGCGACUGUCGAUCGCGGUUGGCUGUCUCCCCACGCUCAUCGUGGUUUACUUCCGGGUUAAGAUGACGGAAACUGAGCCGUUUCGGAGAAGCAGAAAGGAGGAUGAGCAGCUUGAGGCCUUGAUGUUGUUACGAGUGCAAAGAAGACAUGUAGAGGUCGAGAUGGGCGGGAGGAAUAUUUUUUGGAAGAGUGGGCUCCAGAUCAUGUCACCUUCCUCAGAUCAUCCUUAAGAUCUUCGUUGCUGCUACCUUUUGUAGCAUCGCUCUGUUACUCAGACCGACGCAAGACAGGAUCUUGCUACUUCACCUCCAAAAUGUUGUAAGUACCUAGUGCAUCAUACUUGUGCAGGUGCACUUCCCAUGAUUACAAGUGUCUUGGCGGAUGCAUCAACUUGAUGCCCUUGUCCAUCAUGUCCUUGUCCCUCAUGUGCAUUAGAGCACAAAAGAACCGCAACCGUUUGCAGUAGCUGAGGGGCUCUGCCCCCCAUGCAAAGAUGAACGCAGAUCAUCUUCGCACUUCUUACACGUACUUAUACAGUAUUCUAAUUCUCCUGGGUCGUUUUUUUUUGCAGCUCAGCAGCGCAGUUCGAAACAUUUCCCCCUCCUGCUCCCUCCUCGGUUUCUUUUCCUUUCCAUACAGCACACACAAGUCAGCGUCGCCAACAUCCGGAGAACACGACGAGCAAGACGAUUUACCAGACACUUUCACUUACGACCCCCCCGUGACAGGCACAGGCUCCGGAGGUGGUCCUCCUGCCGGAGCACUGACGUCAACGACCAGUGCCGGUGGGACAAUACGGGGGCAAGAAGAAGGCGGCAAGGCACUCGCUGCUCUGUCCUCUCGUCACCAGUCCGCGUCGAAUAAACGCCCUUCGUUUGGGAGGCAGUUGGCGAAUCAGUGGAAAAUCGCUCGCACCGCGGGACUAUCAAAUGUAAAAAUGUCUGGGUCUGGAAGAAUGCAGCAAGAUUUGUCAUGCAUAUUUCAAUUUCUCAUGACCCAUGAUGCGUGUAAUGCAUGCCCUAGCAUCACAAGUUUUUUGAGGGAUUCUUGAUGCCCAUUCCGCAUGACAAAUGCCCUCUCCGCGUAGCAAAGAUUAGACUCUGUUUGCUGCUCAUGCAACGCAAAUUUUUUAGACAUCGAAACGCAGCAUCACAAGUUGCAUUCUUCCAGACCCAGACACUUUUACAUUUGAUAGGGCCUCCUGCCGGUGCUGGUGGGAACCAGCGUCUCGUGGUUGCUGCUGGACGUAACGUUCUACGGCACGAAUCUGUUCAAGACCGACAUUGGGCAGCAGAUUUUCCCCGACGACGAAGAUGCCAGCGUACGGCACGCCCUGCAGCUGAUGACGCUUCGGGCUUCCAUCCUGGUGUUCGCCGGUCUGCCGGGCUACCUGGUCACGAUCUUUUACGUCGACCACAUUCCGCUCCAGAAGUUGCAGUUUUACGGGUUUGUCACCCUCGCUGUUCUCUUUCUGUGCGGAAGUCUUGCGCGGAUCGGGGGCCAGGAGAUACUCACCUUCGUUUUCAUCAGCGCCACCGUCUUCUUUUCCAACUUCGGCCCCAACGCCACCACCUUCAUCCUGCCCGCCCUGGUGUACCCAACGCCGGUGAAGGCCACCUGCCACGGCUUCUCCGCGGCCAUGGGGAAGGCGGGGGCGGCCCUCGGGACGUACUUGUUUCCGACCAUUGUCACGCACUUCGGGCUCGCCACGGUGCUACAGUGUUGCGCUGCCGUCGCUCUCGCCGGCGCGAUCGUAACCCAGAUAUUCAUCCCCGAGGAGGAUGAAAUUUCGAACGAGGAAAUGCUUGUGUCGUCAGCCCCCGCUUCGGCUCUCCUAGAGCCGGAAAGUUUCAUGGAUCAACGAGCAGAAGUGGGUGGAGGUGGCAGAAAUAAAGGCAAGACGCACGAGCACGAAAGAAGUAAUCGAGCUUGACUACAGGAGAAGCAGUCCUGAUGAUGAUGUAAUCAAAACUGAAAGAUUGAUCGUUUCUGAUGUCCCCGAGGUUUGGCUGAUUCUAUUUUCCACUUUUUCCCCUCGUCGCCCGGUUAAAUCUAAAUGAUGGUGGAACUACCACUGGGCCACAGGAAAAAAGAGACAUACUAUACUUAUUUUGUUUUUGGUUAUUUAGUUUGAGGGACAUUACGACGAAACAGAAGACAGAAAGCUUUUUGCUGGCAAAAGUAGAUGACGCAACAAGAGCUCCCGAAUCAUACAUAUGGGGAGCACCUUGGGAAAACUUACAACAACUCGAC